UUAUAAAUAGUGCAAAUUUAUUCACAGAAUUCAAAUUCCCAUCUGAAUAACAUGGAUUUGAGAACCAUAGCUUCAAUGGUUCUUAUCUUUUUCCUCAGGUUUAAUGGGGUUGAAGGAGGAGCUCUCCAGUACAACUUUUAUGAGAAUUCUUGCCCACACCUUGAAGACAUUGUCAGCACUGGCCUUCAUCCCAUCUUCCUCACUGAUCCCACCUCAGCUCCUGCUUUGUUGAGGCUCUUUUUCCAUGACUGCCAAGUUCAGGGCUGCGAUGCUUCCAUUCUGGUUGAUACGGUUAAGGCAAACAGGCUAUCAGAGAUGACUUCAGCAAAGAAUUUUGGAAUCAUGAAGAGGGAUUUAAUCGGCAAUCUGAAAACAUUGGUUGAAGAUGAAUGCCCCGGACAAGUUUCAUGUGCCGACAUCCUCGUACUGGCCGCUCGUGAGGCGGUUGCUUUGUCCGGGGGCCCACUGAUAAAGGUUCCCUUGGGACGGCGGGAUUCCUCCGCUGCUCCAAGUUAUCAACUCGCCGAUUCCCUCAUCCCUCCUGCAACUACUGGGGUCGAUGAGAUGCUUCGUAUUUUUACCGGUAAAGGAAUGACCGUGGAAGAAUCUGUCGCCAUUAUUGGCUCACAUACGCUAGGAAUUACACAUUGUUUAAACAUUCUGAAUCGUCUUUACAAACCAAAAGGUGUCGAGGAUCAAGGAACAUUUGAAGCAUUCUUGAGGUUAACUUGUCCUAAAGGAUCUUUAAUCUCAAACUUAACUUUUGUUCUUAAUGAUAUUACCCCGACACUGUUCGAUCAUCAUUAUUACAUGAAUGCAAUGGAAGGCCGUGGUGUGCUGACAAUUGAUGCUGAAAUGGUAAUUGAUCCCCGGACGGCUCAAAUUGUGGAACAUUUUGCCACCAAUCAGGAUGAUUUCUUUCAUGCAUUUUCCACUGCCUUUCUGAAGCUCUCUAGCUCAGGUGUGCUCACCGGGGAUCAAGGUGUUAUAAGAAGGAAAUGCAAUGUAAUAGACUAA